CUCCCUCCCUCCUCCUCCUCCUCCUCCUCCUCCUCUCUGCCUGCCAGUAGCCCCUCUCAGGCCGUGUAGGGGAGCAUUCACACCCCGCUGUCGGCGUUUAGCGGAUGGGGCUCUCAGCUUGAGCCGGAGGGAGGAGGAGGAGAACGAUGAACGGUAACCCGUGUGCCCGCAGGCUGGCCCGGCGCUCCAAGUCCGCCCUGCUGAUCGCCGCUCUGGCCGUCCUGCUGGUCCAGACUCUCAUCGUGUGGAACUUCAGCAGCCUGGACUCUGCCGGCGGGGACGGAGGCGCCCGGAGCCGGGAGAAGAGAGAGGACCGAGCCGGGGGGCUCAACAAAGCCGACGGGGAGCACCCGAGGAGGGGGCUGCAGAAGAAGGGCGACCCGCCGCCGCCGCUCGGGAAGGCGGCCGUUCGGCACAAGCUGCAGGCGGACGUGUACCACUCCCACCGGCCUAAAGAGAAACUUCGUCCGGACAGCAACAACAAUGAGAACUCUGUCCCUAAAGACUUUGACACCAUUGACAGCAACAGCAACCUGGGAGCUCGAUCUCAACGCCAGCGACUGCCAGUCGCAAACAGCAAACGCAAGCUGGAUAAGGCCCAAGCACAGAGCAUGCUGGAAAAGUCUGCAAAUGAGGUCCUCAAGUACCCUCCGGUCCAACCCAGACUGAUGGGCCACAACCGCACCCACAUCCGUAAACCUUACCCCCAGGUGCCGACAGUCUCAGCACCGGUCCAGGGGUCCAAUCAGGAUCCACCAUUCUACCAGGACAGGAAUGUGGCCACUCGGCUGCCGCCCGGUUUGGAGCCAAGGAAGGAGCAGCCGCAGUGUGAGAUCAGCGGGAAGGAAGCCAUCUCUGCUCUGUCCAGAGCCAAGAGCCGCGAGUGUCGGCAGCAGAUAGUGGAGGUCUACUGCAAACACAAAGAGAGAGCGCUGAUGCCCGAGAAGGUGCCUCGCUACUGCCCCAUAGAAGGUAAGGCGAAUGUGAACGUACAGUGGGAAGAGGACCCCUCAGAGGCUGCCCAGCUCGUGCCUGUACGGAUCGCCUUCGUCUUGGUCGUCCACGGCCGAGCCUCGCGUCAGUUCCAGCGUCUCUUCAAGGCCAUCUACCACACGUCACACUACUACUACAUCCAUGUAGACCAGAGGUCCAACUACCUCCACAGAGAGGUUCUGUCUCUGGCUGGCCGUUAUCCGAACAUCCGGGUGACUCCCUGGCGGAUGUCCACCAUCUGGGGCGGAGCCAGCCUGCUGACUAUGUACCUGCGCAGCAUGGAGGACCUUCUCAAAAUGGCCGACUGGUCCUGGGACUUCUUCAUCAACCUCAGCGCUGCAGACUACCCCAUCAGGACCAAUGAACAGCUGGUGGCUUUCCUGUCCAAGUAUCGCAACAAUAACUUCAUCAAAUCUCACGGCAGAGACAACGCACGUUUCAUCCGUAAGCAGGGUCUGGAUCGACUCUUCUAUGAAUGUGACACCCACAUGUGGCGGCUCGGGGACCGCAAGAUCCCAGAGGGCAUCGCGGUGGACGGAGGUUCUGAUUGGUUCCUGGUCAACCGGCCCUUUGUUGACUAUGUGGUCAACUCCAAAGACGAGCUGGUCACCAGCAUGAAGCGCUUCUACGCCUACACACUGCUGCCUGCUGAGUCAUUUUUCCACACCGUGCUGGAGAACAGCCCUCACUGUGAGACCAUGGUGGACAACAACCUGAGGCUCACCAACUGGAACCGCAAACUGGGAUGUAAAUGUCAGUACAAACACAUCGUGGACUGGUGCGGCUGCUCACCCAACGACUUCAAGCCGUCUGAUCUGCCACGCUUCCAGCAAGCAUCCAGGCCCACCUUCUUUGCCAGGAAGUUUGAGGCCAGCGUCAGUCAGGAGAUCAUCAACCAGCUGGACUCCUACCUGUAUGGAACCUAUGCCUCAGGCACCCCGGGCCUCCAGGCCUACUGGGAAAACAUUUACGAGCAGGAGACAGACGGCCCUGCCAGCCUAUCAGACUCUGCGCUCACCCACUACCACGCCUUCACUCGUAUGGGACUGUCCCGCGCUGCCAGCUCGCUGCAGGGACACCCCAAUGACAACAGCUGCAGGUACAUGGCAAUGGGCCACCCAGUGUCCGUCCACCUCUACUUCUUGUCAGACCAGUUCCAAGGCUACCUGGUGCGUCAUGCAGCCACGAACCGAGCCUCCACCCAGCUGGAGAGCCUGGAGACGUGGGUGACGCCCAAAGACCACUUCACCCUGGUCAGCCCUCCCCAGCCCACCAACAGGCUGCAGCACAUCCAGGUCGGGACGGACUGGGAUCCGAAGGAGCGUCUCUUCAGGAACUGGGGGGCUCUCGUGGGGCCCGAGGACGAGCCAGUGGCCGUGCAGCGCUGGAGCCGAGGCCAGAGCAACUUGACGGCCACUGUGGUGUGGGUCGACCCCACCAACGUCAUCGCCGCCACUUACGACAUCCUGGUGGACGCUUCCGCUGAGGUCACCCACUACCGCCCGCCACUCACCCCGCCGCUGAGGCCCGGCGUGUGGACGCUGAAGGUGCUGCACCACUGGAACCCGCUGGGUCAGACCAGCUUCAUCGUGGCUCCGCUGGACUUCCACCGACAACAGCCUCUACAGCAAGAGGACGCCCUGCGGCUGCAUGGCGGCCCGCCCAGAAACUCUUACAUGGAGCAGAGUUUCCACGGCCUGAACCCGGUGCUGCGACUUCCGGUGAGCCUGGGCGCGGUGGAGGAGGCGGAGGCCAACGCUGGCCUGACGGGGGCGCCGCUGCGUCGCUGGCUGGACCGGCUGCUGGAGGGCCACUGGUCAGCCGCAGACGUCUGCUCGAUGGGACCCAGCGCCUGUCCCGUCAUGCAGCGCUGCGGUCUCACCGUGUGGAGCUCGGCCAGCCCCGACCCGAAGUCUGAACUCACCCCGCCCAGAGAAGACGGACGGAUCAGGUAGCAGACGGCCGGACGGAGAUAAAGGAGAGGAGUAAAUGAAGGAAGACACGGGGCUGACAUCCCGUUUGUGUCUGGUAUUUAUUUAUUUUAAUUUGUGCAACGUCGGAGUGAAAGGAGACGGAUGGAUCGAACUUUACAGGCAGCGACAGGAAGAUGAGAAACUGGCUUAAACGCUCAGUCCUCAUUCAGUCGGCUGCUCUCAACGUUUGUCGGACUACAGAGGUGUGUGUGUCCGUCCAUGAGUGUGUGUGUGUGUGUGUGAGAGAAGAAAUCUAUACCUCUUGUUGUGAGUGUUUCCCUGAGUUUAAGUGUACAAGUGUUCUUUAACAUUCAGAUGAUGAAAACGGACAUGGUUGCUCAAUUGUAGGAUCAUUAUAGCAAAAAACUCUUAAGAUGAAUUAAAAAUUGUGAUGUUGGUCUAAAAUAAUAUGAUAAAAUAUUAAAGGUCUCCAAUGAUCCAGAAAUCUCUUAAAGCACAUCUGCAUUGACAUUAAAAAUUUACACGGAUUUAAAGUGUCCUGCAAAAUAUUUAGUUACUUGGAAAAGAUUUGUUUUUAAGUCUCGUAUUUAAAAUCAACUCCAAGCUAAAAAUCAGUAAACACAAGUUAAAAUUCAGAUCGAAAUUCACAACAAUAAAUUGAUGUCAAGAGAACAAAACACUUUCAGGGUGUUCACUUUUCUAUUAAGUAUUGUCUUGUUGUUAAUUGAUAGUCAAUCACUAUCAGCACAUUACAGUGUCUGACUUCUUGAGAGUUUACAUGAUUAAAUCUCGGGACAACAGGCUUCAAACUACACAAAAAGCUCUCAUCGUUUUGAGAUAAUGAGCCUCAAAAAACUCAAGAGCAACCAUUGACGUUCUCAGACAGCCAGCUGUGUGUCAAGAGGGAAAUUCUGAUCAAUUUUUACGUAAUAUAUUUAUAUCAUUCUUUCAAUUUACAUCCACAGAUUAAGUUGGUAAAAAUCACGUUCGACUUCGACUGUAACUAGAUCAGAAAAAACACUGAAAUGGUGGAAUACGUACGAAGAUCCUUUACUGAAGUUGUAAAUACAACUAGUGCUGCAAAGAUUAUUGAUCACUCAUGAACUGUUAAAAUAUUCACCUAUUUUCUAACUAUUUUGAUGGUCAGUUUAUUGUUUCAAGUCAUUUUAAGUCUAAAUUCUGUGAUGUCCGCUUGUUAAAUGUGAAUAUUUUCUGUGUUUUUCCUCUGACAAUAAACUGAAUAUCUUUGGGUUGUGGACAAAAAUAGACACUUGAGGACACUAAUCAACAUUUCUCACAAUUUUCUGACCUUGAAAGAUCAAAUAAAAUCAAAGUAACAGUUAGUUGGAGCCAUAAAUGCCACCAGAAGAAAUGCACAAAUGUAAAAGAAGUAUUACAAAGCAAAAGUGCUAAUUUUUUAGGAUGUUUACUUACUGGCAGGUUGUUAUCUUUAAAACUCCAUCUUAUUUUGAAGUGCUACUGUUUUAUGUGAAUUCCAAAUCUACAAACUAACUAAACUAACUUUAGCUGUCAGAAGUAAAAAGCGCAUUAUUAGUCGAACACGUACUUCUUAGAUUUGUACUUUAGUGAAGGUGCUCAGUUUCUUUCAGCCACCAACAUUAGUUUUAUUAUAAAGGACUCACUGAUCUCCCUCCUGACACCGACAGCUCUGUAUUCUGAUUCUUUGUUUUCUUGCCGUGCCAUGUCUGAAUCCUUCAGACCGCCUGAGACUUGAAGUGUGAGACGUCCGCUAUGCUGGAACUCAGAAGAGAUUCACCUCCUGUUUUUAUUUUAUUUUUACUUCACACACAUUUUUUUUUUAUCUGAUGUGACUGUGUCAAAGCGUGCAACUGCGACGUACGCAAGUUAUUUAUUCAGAAGUUUAUAGAAACAUUUUUCUUUUUUUUAGUCAAUGACUACUAUUUGAUAUGCUGAUAUUUGGUGCAGUGGGUGACUUUUUUGUUUUUUGGACAAAAACAUCUGCCUUUGUUUCUAAAAGGCCUUCAAGUGUUUGUCAGGACUGAUGGUAAAUGUUUUGAGGGGAUCUGAGCAGCAUCCUCGCCCAUUUUGAACUAUUUCACAGCUACGAGUUUUAUCUGACCACAGCGCUCAAGUACAGCUGCUUAUUUUAAACUGAUGUUUCAUAUCUCUUCCCUCCACACUGAUGGGUGGUCGUCAAGUGAAGUUUCAUAGUCCACAGAUCAUUUCUGGAGCUUCACAGCAAAACAGUGUUACAACUGAAGUAGCUGGAGACAGAUUGACUCCACUCAUGACUUUAGAGUAGAAGAAUAGGCUGCAGCUCGUUAGCUUAGCAUGGAGACUUGAAAUGGUGGGAAAAGGCUAGCCUGGCUGUCUGAAGGUAAACGACCACAAAUCAACUCAUUAAAGUAUCUUCAAAAAGAAAGAAACUUGGCUGCCUCUUGAAAUUAGAUUUCCAACAGAUCGGGGGCAGCAUGUCCCCGGAGUAACGGCCAACUGCUGCUAACUGUUGCUGCUGUUGCUUGUUAGCUGUGCAGCUAGUGAAAAAGAGGUGGAGGCUAGCUGGUUAGCAUGCUAACUAAACUAAAUAUCUCUGCAGCAUGACUUGAACCCCACAUCAAAACUCUUCUCUUCAUAGUUUGUUGAAAAUUAGUUUUUCAACAUUUUUUUUUCCAAUUUUUUUUUUUUUUUUACCAUGAGGGUGAAACUCAGAAUGAACAGUUGGCACUUAAAGUAAAAACAUGAACUGCACGUCAUAUUUAUUCAAGAAAAGAUUGUAACUAUUAUAUAAUUUAUUGUGUGGGAUGAUGGAGGCAUGGGGCAGAUGUUACCAGAUGUUUGGGUUGUGGAUCAGCACAUGGUCUCAGUGCACAGGACCAAAACAUUCAGAGCAUUAAUAUAACCGCGUUUACAUUAAGGAUGAUUCCUGCGCUGAUCUGUCGCCUUAUGCAACUUCACCUGACUUCCUCCUUUGCUGCUGUAAUAAAGAUUACGGCCACUAGAGCAUUGUGAUGAGAUGCUGUCUUGAAAUUAUGAAUUGAUGUGAUUAAAUGUUGAAAUUAUGGGAUAAAGUCUAAUAUUUUUUUUUACCCCAGAUGCCGGUCAGAAACACUCGUCAUAAAGUUUAAACAUUGAUCGUCACGGCUGCAGUCGCCCAAAGUUGUCGUAAUUUGAUCCAUGAUCAUAGUAAUUGUUUUUGGGUUUUUUUGUUUGUUUGUUUUUGUGUCUGAGGUCUUUUCAGAUUCUUCAAGGAAGUCCUGAACAUUAAAAAACUGUAGGAAAAUAUUUUUUAAAAUGACGAAAAACUCACUUUUUAUUUUUUAUUUUUUUUCUUUGUGCUCAAAGUUGAUUUGAAAAUUACGAGCCAUUUAAUGUCCAAUAAGUAUUUUUCAUAUGACCAUGAGUCGAUGUAAAUCAGUAUUUUGUAAAAUACUCAGAUGAUGUACAGUUUUUAAGUUAAUGACAUAGAAAGGUCCGAUUGUCUGGACGCUGUGAUGUGAUCAUUUUUAAAGGAACUUGAUGGUGUGAAAGUGUUUAGAUGUUGAUGAUAGUCUUCAGAUUCUGGAGGAAAAUCCCACAGGUUUGUUCUUUCCAUACUUUUUUAUUUUUGCCUGCUCUGUUACUUUUAUGUCCAACCUAUUUUUUGUUCGGUUUGUUUUUCCCAGUGCCAUUUCUGUCUUUCUGGCUGUGUGCUUGGUUUUGUCUGUUGUUCUCUCUCUCUCUGGGAGUAGUGCUGUGCCUUAGCUGUACUCCUGUUGUAGGAAAUCCUCUCUGAAAGCAUCAAGAACUGUCUCAAAUGUCCAAAAACCAAAACAAGAGAGAAUUAUUGUGAAUGCCUUAUAAAUGACCUUAGUGGUUUUGAAGUACAACUUUUGAAAAUAAAAACAGAAUUUCCCUUUA